AUGCUCGGCCGUCUCUUCAGCACCGCUACAUCCACCGCGAACACAUCCCCCAGCGGAACGCGCCCGUCAACCUCCCACGCACUCGAGAGCGACGAGCUCUACACACGAAACCUACUAUACCCCGAUUCCUCCUCCACCUCCUCGGUCGCUUCCUCCUUCCACUCGUCGUUCAGCCUCGCGCAGUCGCAGAGCAGCGUGAGCAGUUAUGGCGCCGCCGACAACGUUGACCUCGAAGCUUCUCGGGAUGUGCGCGUCAUAAUCGCACAAGACGCUGUCGCUUCCGAGCACAUUAAGCUCGUAGUCUACGACUCUAAGCCUAGUAGCGCGCUUCCACCGCAAUCACAACCACCGCCACAACAACCACCACAUCUCCAGGGUUCGACCGGCCCGCCGCUUGAGGAAGGUCCAACAUCACCGACGCUUGGUGCUCCUGGCGGUGGCAAUGCGCCUGGCCCCUUGGGAUGGUCCCGUCGACGGAAUCAGUACUCGGCCGGCGGGCAGCAUGCGUCAGCGUUGGGAGGAGGUGGUGGCUGUGUCCCUGGUGGCCCGGAUGAUGAGUUGAGGGUCGUUACGGACUGCAUGUUUGGUGUGGCUCCAUUGUCGUACAAAGGACCGUCGACAAAGGUACACAUUUUGCCUGCCAUUGAGGAACGCAGGGCUUCGGUCACCAGCACGUUGUUUCCUUCGAGGAGUGGAUCGGUGCGCGACGAUCGUCACAAAGCGACAUAUCAACCACAGCAGCCACAGCAGCAGCAGGGGAAGGAGAAGGAGAAGCGCAAAGCUGUGCUGAUCACUCGACUAUUCUCGGUGGCCGUACCCCCCUGUUCCACACCGACGAUCGUCGAUGGAGGCGUCGGCGGCGGCGCACGCACCAUACCCCAAUCGGGAUCCGGGGAGCAUCUGCUGUCAACCCCAGCGAGCUCAGUCGGUUCCACAAACGGGUUCCCCUUCCCAAAGACUGGUGGUCAGACGAGUAGCAACGGUAGCACCGCUUCCACUGCGCCGAAGCUGAUCAAGCCUUUGAAGUCAUCCAUGUUCGCUAUUGGAUUGAUCAUAUACCUGCCCCCUGCUUCCGCUUCCCCUUCCGGCUCGUUUCCGAUGCGAUGUUGCCAGCACAAGCCAUUACUGUCGUACGAUUCCGAGUUUCCCCCUCACCGCCACGAAUACUGCUGUCCUACGCCACCGAGCUUCUUCGACGAUGAGUACCAGCAUUAUCACCACCAAUCCCUGCCAGCCGGAGGACUCAGAUCGGGUUGUGGGCUGGAUGAUCUGCAUGCCGCAGCAGCGGCUAGCGACGGUAGGAUGGAUCUCAUCACCAAGCAUUGGGACGUCAUCAGUCGGGCGCUGUCGGAUCUUCAACGGAUCGCUCAGGCACGGAUUCUCGAAAACCUCACCUCGGCGCGCUUGAUGUCGCCGCAACCGGGUUCCGGUGUUCAUGGUGGCAAGUACCUGAGCAACAGACCGGAACUGCGCAGGAUGGCGCUGAUGCGUGACGACGUUGUGCGAUCCGAGGUGGAACGCAUGCGGUGGCGCGUUGUGACUGGAAUCAGCAUGCCUCGCGUAGUGGUGGGACAGGGCCGAUGGGACCUCUGGCAGGAGGAAGCCAAAUGGGCGAAUCAUCGCUUUGGCGGCAGGGAUAUGAAUUUUUUCUUCCUCACCCUGCUUACAUCCUUCCUCGGUCACCAUACGGAAUGGCUCGAUGUGCUGGGACCCGACGCUUACAAACGGCGUCACAAGCAGCAACUUGAAGCGCGGAGUAAUCCGGAGGAUAGUGCGAUUCCCAGGAGGACCAUCAUAAUGACUUCGGAUCGGAUUUCCGCUAGGAGGUUAAUAUACCUCCUCUCGGCAUUCCUACCAGCCAAGGCGCACCAGACCUUAGAAUCUUUACCUUCCCCAUCCAGAGCUUCCUCAGUUCACCAUCUCUCUCAAUCGCCGCCGAGCUUCCUUGCAACCGGAAGCAUUAGCGCGCCCGUGAGUAAUUGCGGAUCGCUGAGACGAAAGGCCAGGAAGAAGCCCAGCAAACUCAACAUGGCGGUGUCCAGCGAGAGCGAACCGGACGAUGGCGUCGAUGGAGCCGGUUUGGCUGGCUGGACCAUACCCACCGGCAGCAGUAGUCUCUCAUCUUCGUCGGUGUUGCCUUUGCCACCGGUUCCUACCUCCUUGCGCAACCAACGAGAGAGCACCGGAACAACACUCGUCACCUUACCAAGUUCGGCGACGUGUGUGGCCAGCGCUCCUGCAGGUGCCCGUGGGAUCAUACGGCCUGGCAGCAGUGGAAGCGCCGCCAGCAUCAAUCUCAUGUCGACGCUCAAGAGGUCCGGAACCACAAACACCUCCAUGGAUUCGACCGGCUGGGGUAGCUUUCUCAGUUUCUGGAGCAAUCCGAAGUCACGCUCAUCUACAGCCACGAGUGAGGCGUCCUUACAGCCCGAGGAGCAUGUUGCGCAGCAGCAGCAGCGUCGCGUCACAUUGUCGUCGUCGUCGAAGGGACAUGACGAUGAGGAACCAUUGGAUAUGAAUUACAUCCUUGACGAUGAGUCAUCCCAAGGACCGCCACAACCAUUCUCGCCGUUCCUCACUGGAUCACUGCCAGCGAUGGAGCAACUCUCGGUAGAUGAUGUGGACGGUGCUAUCAAUGUUCCCCUAGACCUCUCCAUCGUCAACUUCACCUCGCCGCUGUCGUCACCUCCAUCGUCGUGGGCGAUGCCGCAUUUGCACUCGAGUCUUGGUAUGGGACGUCCUUUCGUCCCUCCACCACCUCCCACCGUUCACCCCGACGAUGACCAAAGCUAUAAUGUGGCUGGCUGGAUCGAGGACGAGCGCUUCCAUCCGGACUUUGUCCUCCAGGCGGUCAAGCCGUAUGCUGAGAUCGAAGCAGACAUCCAACGCGCUAUGCGUAGCGAGCCAACUCCUGCUUCCACGGGCCUCACUCCCUGGUCGGAAACCGGUUCUUCGUCCACCCCCGGUGGCGAUAAGUGGACCACCGUCUCCGAGGUCUUGAUCGCAGACACAAAGCGGCUGCAGAUCAAGCGGAUGCGCCUUCGGCGGCGGACAAAGAAGGCGUCGCAGAGCAUGGUGACCCCGCUGCAGGGACAGUUCAAUGGAUAUCUCGCUGUCGGCCUCGAGGAAAAGGAGGAGGAAAUCAUUGAUGAGGAGAUCCUGGUCGAUGUCGAUGACACGCUCGCGAGUGCAGUAGAGCGAGUGAUUGACGAAUGUGAAGGUGGCAAAUGCAAGGAUGCCAUCUUGGGCGCACUUCAACGUGUCGUCGGUGAAGUGGUCAAUGGCGAUCCUGGAGCCCGAUGGGGCGGCAACUGUCUCACAGAAGGCGUUGGCAGAUGGAUCUGUGGGGUCGAGGAUUCGGGCUAA